AUGAUGACGCGCCCUCGGACCUGCGCGAUCGCGGUGCUUGUCACCACCUCCUGCGCCGCGGCGCUGGAGGAGGCGGGCCUCGGGUGCCUCCGGUGGCAGGGGGCCGGCGGGUGCGACGCCAUCGCGGACAGGGACAGCUGCCUCGGGAGCCGCGACGGGCGGCCCUGGAAGCAGUGGGAGGGCUACAGGAUCUCGGGGGAGCCGUGCGCCUGGUGCGGCGGCGUGCCGUGCGUGGAGGGGGGCGAGGCCCUGUGCGCCCCGCGCGACUGGGCGAAGGGCGUCCCCGGCGCCGCCGUGGCGAACUGCAGCGCGGCGGGCGCGGCGGCACCGCCCGCCGGCGGCGACGCGGCCGAGGAGGAUGGCGACGCCGCGGCCGAGUUCGAGGGCGGCGGCGACGGGUUCCGGUGCAGCGCGGAGUACGCCGAGGCGUCUCUCGAGUUCAACGACUACUUCUUCACCUUCUCGGCCGCGUCCCCGGGCGCCUGCAGAGCCAUCUGCGCCAGGGAGGACUACUGCACGGGCGCCGAGUUCGUGGCCGAGCGGCUGCUCUGCCGCGCGUGGUGGCACCCCAUCGGCGCCCUCGAGCCUGCCGACGGCCACAGCUGCGCCCGGCGCCCCCGCGGCGCCGGCGCGGGCCCCGAGGCGCAGGCGAAGGUGGAGGCAGAGGCCGCGGAGGCCGCGGCGGCGAGGCAGCGGGAGCAGGAGGCGGCCGAGGCCGCCAACGCCACCGAGGGUGGCCUGACUCCCGGGCAGGCCGCGGCCAUCGGCGUGGGGAGCGGCCUGUCCGCCGCGGGGCUGAUCGGGGGGCUGGUCGGGGGCCUCGUGGGCCGCACCACGGAGACCAUCACGACCACGGUGGCGCUGCUGGGCAACGCGACGGCCGCGGACAACAGGUCCCUGGCCGACGUCCCGGCCGUGGUCGCCCACUCCGCCUGGGCUCCCGCGUGGUGGCACCUGGCCUGCCUGGGGCUCCUCUGCGCCCUCGUCGCCGGGGUGCUCCUCGUGCGCUCCAAGGGCAAGGCGUCCACGAGGUCUGUCACCCUCGAGCAGGAGGAGGAGUCGCCGGACGCCCGCGCUGAGGCCGGGCUCGGGAACGAGACCCCGCUCAGGUGGCCCGACUGGGCGCGGCCGCCGUACCAGGGCACCGCCGACGCGCCCUACCGCAGCCUGGGCCGCGCCGCCCCGGCGGAGCUCGCCGAGCCAAGCGGGGCGCCGCCGCCCGCCUGCGGGCUCGGCGCCCGAGCCGCGGGCGGCCCGCCGCCGCCGCGCCGCCUCGCGGAGCCCGCGGCGGCGCCGCCGCCGCCCCUCCGCCUCGCGGAGCCCGUGGAGGCGGGCCUCGGGUGCCUCCGGUGGCAGGGGGCCGGCGGGUGCGACGCCAUCGCGGACAGGGACAGCUGCCUCGGGAGCCGCGACGGGCGGCCCUGGAAGCAGUGGGAGGGCUACAGGAUCUCGGGGGAGCCGUGCGCCUGGUGCGGCGGCGUGCCGUGCGUGGAGGGGGGCGAGGCCCUGUGCGCCCCGCGCGACUGGGCCAAGGGCGUCCCCGGCGCCGCCGUGGCGAACUGCAGCGCGGCGGGCGCGGCGGCACCGCCCGCCGGCGGCGACGCGGCCGAGGAGGAUGGCGACGCCGCGGCCGAGUUCGACCUCGUCGAGGGCGGCGGCGACGGGUUCCGGUGCAGCGCGGAGUACGCCGAGGCGUCUCUCGAGUUCAACGACUACUUCUUCACCUUCUCGGCCGCGUCCCCGGGCGCCUGCAGAGCCAUCUGCGCCAGGGAGGACUACUGCACGGGCGCCGAGUUCGUGGCCGAGCGGCUGCUCUGCCGCGCGUGGUGGCACCCCAUCGGCGCCCUCGAGCCUGCCGACGGCCACAGCUGCGCCCGGCGCCCCCGCGGCGCCGGCGCGGGCCCCGAGGCGCAGGCGAAGGUGGAGGCAGAGGCCGCGGAGGCCGCGGCGGCGAGGCAGCGGGAGCAGGAGGCGGCGGAGGCCGCGGAGGCCGAGGCGGCGAGGCGGCGGGAGCAGGAGGCAGCCGAGGCCGCGGCCGCGGCGGCGAGGCAGCGGGAGCAGGAGGCGGCCGAGGCCGCGGCCGAGGCGGAGGCGGCCAACGCCACCGAGGGUGGCCUGACUCCCGGGGAGGCCGCGGCCAUCGGCGUGGGGAGCGGCCUGGCCGCCGCGGGGCUGAUCGGGGGGCUGGUCGGGGGCCUCGUGGGCCGCACCACGGAGACCAUCACGACCACGGUGGCGCUGGCCAGGGGGGAGCCAACUGGGCAUCCGCACCAGGGCCUGGCCAGGCCCACAUUGACUGGGCCCGGGGCCGACGCCUGUCCUGCCCCGUCCUGGCCUGGGCAGGGCGGCGCACGGACCGGCCUCGGCCUUGGGCUCCGAGGGGGCGUGGCCAGGCCUGGCGCUGCUGUGUGCAGUUGUGGCGCCCUCCCCCAGCUGGGCAACGCGACGGCCGCGGACAACAGGUCCCUGGCCGACGUCCCGGCCGUGGUCGCCCACUCCGCCUGGGCUCCCGCGUGGUGGCACCUGGCCUGCCUGGGGCUCCUCUGCGCCCUCGUCGCCGGGGUGCUCCUCGUGCGCUCCAAGGGCAAGGCGUCCACGAGGUCUGUCACCCUCGAGCAGGAGGAGGAGUCGCCGGACGCCCGCGCUGAGGCCGGGCUCGGGAACGAGACCCCGCUCAGGUGGCCCGACUGGGCGCGGCCGCCGUACCAGGGCACCGCCGACGCGCCCUACCGCAGCCUGGGCCGCGCCGCCCCGGCGGAGCUCGCCGAGCCAAGCGGGGCGCCGCCGCCCGCCUGCGGGCUCGGCGCCCGAGCCGCGGGCGGCCCGCCGCCGCCGCGCCGCCUCGCGGAGCCCGCGGCGGCGCCGCCGCCGCCCCUCCGCCUCGCGGAGCCCGUGGAGGCGGGCCUCGGGUGCCUCCGGUGGCACGGGGCCGGCGGGUGCGACGCCAUCGCGGACAGGGACAGCUGCCUCGGGAGCCGCGACGGGCGGCCCUGGAAGCAGUGGGAGGGCUACAGGAUCUCGGGGGAGCCGUGCGCCUGGUGCGGCGGCGUGCCGUGCGUGGAGGGGGGCGAGGCCCUGUGCGCCCCGCGCGACUGGGCGAAGGGCGUCCCCGGCGCCGCCGUGGCGAACUGCAGCGCGGCGGGCGCGGCGGCACCGCCCGCCGGCGGCGACGCGGCCGAGGAGGAUGGCGACGCCGCGGCCGAGUUCGAGGGCGGCGGCGACGGGUUCCGGUGCAGCGCGGAGUACGCCGAGGCGUCUCUCGAGUUCAACGACUACUUCUUCACCUUCUCGGCCGCGUCCCCGGGCGCCUGCAGAGCCAUCUGCGCCAGGGAGGACUACUGCACGGGCGCCGAGUUCGUGGCCGAGCGGCUGCUCUGCCGCGCGUGGUGGCACCCCAUCGGCGCCCUCGAGCCUGCCGACGGCCACAGCUGCGCCCGGCGCCCCCGCGGCGCCGGCGCGGGCCCCGAGGCGCAGGCGAAGGUGGAGGCAGAGGCCGCGGAGGCCGAGGCGGCGAGGCAGCGGGAGCAGGAGGCGGCGGAGGCCGCGGAGGCCGAGGCGGCGAGGCGGCGGGAGCAGGAGGCGGCCGAUGCCGCGGCCGCGGCUGCGAGGCAGCGGGAGCAGGAGGCGGCCGAGGCCGCGGCCGAGGCGGAGGCGGCCAACGCCACCGAGGGUGGCCUGACUCCCGGGCAGGCCGCGGCCAUCGGCGUGGGGAGCGGCCUGGCCGCCGCGGGGCUGAUCGGGGGGCUGGUCGGGGGCCUCGUGGGCCGCACCACGGAGACCAUCACGACCACGGUGGCGCUGGCCAGGGGGCUGGGCAACGCGACGGCCGCGGACAACAGGUCCCUGGCCGACGUCCCGGCCGUGGUCGCCCACUCCGCCUGGGCUCCCGCGUGGUGGCACCUGGCCUGCUUGGGGCUCCUCUGCGCCCUCGUCGCCGGGGUGCUCCUCGUGCGCUCCAAGGGUAAGGCGUCCACGAGGUCUGUCACCCUCGAGCAGGAGGAGGAGUCGCCGGACGCCCGCGCUGAGGCCGGGCUCGGGAACGAGACCCCGCUCAGGUGGCCCGACUGGGCGCGGCCGCCGUACCAGGGCACCGCCGACGCGCCCUACCGCAGCCUGGGCCGCGCCGCCCCGGCGGAGCUCGCCGAGCCAAGCGGGGCGCCGCCGCCCGCCUGCGGGCUCGGCGCCCGAGCCGCGGGCGGCCCGCCGCCGCCGCGCCGCCUCGCGGAGCCCGCGGCGGCGCCGCCGCCGCCCCUCCGCCUCGCGGAGCCCGUGGAGGCGGGCCUCGGGUGCCUCCGGUGGCAGGGGGCCGGCGGGUGCGACGCCAUCGCGGACAGGGACAGCUGCCUCGGGAGCCGCGACGGGCGGCCCUGGAAGCAGUGGGAGGGCUACAGGAUCUCGGGGGAGCCGUGCGCCUGGUGCGGCGGCGUGCCGUGCGUGGAGGGGGGCGAGGCCCUGUGCGCCCCGCGCGACUGGGCGAAGGGCGUCCCCGGCGCCGCCGUGGCGAACUGCAGCGCGGCGGGCGCGGCGGCACCGCCCGCCGGCGGCGACGCGGCCGAGGAGGAUGGCGACGCCGCGGCCGAGUUCGAGGGCGGCGGCGACGGGUUCCGGUGCAGCGCGGAGUACGCCGAGGCGUCUCUCGAGUUCAACGACUACUUCUUCACCUUCUCGGCCGCGUCCCCGGGCGCCUGCAGAGCCAUCUGCGCCAGGGAGGACUACUGCACGGGCGCCGAGUUCGUGGCCGAGCGGCUGCUCUGCCGCGCGUGGUGGCACCCCAUCGGCGCCCUCGAGCCUGCCGACGGCCACAGCUGCGCCCGGCGCCCCCGCGGCGCCGGCGCGGGCCCCGAGGCGCAGGCGAAGGUGGAGGCAGAGGCCGCGGAGGCCGCGGCGGCGAGGCAGCGGGAGCAGGAGGCGGCGGAGGCCGCGGAGGCCGAGGCGGCGAGGCGGCGGGAGCAGGAGGCGGCCGAGGCCGCGGCCGCGGCGGCGAGGCAGCGGGAGCAGGAGGCGGCCGAGGCCGCGGCCGAGGCGGAGGCGGCCAACGCCACCGAGGGUGGCCUGACUCCCGGGGAGGCCGCGGCCAUCGGCGUGGGGAGCGGCCUGGCCGCCGCGGGGCUGAUCGGGGGGCUGGUCGGGGGCCUCGUGGGCCGCACCACGGAGACCAUCACGACCACGGUGGCGCUGGCCAGGGGGCUGGGCAACGCGACGGCCGCGGACAACAGGUCCCUGGCCGACGUCCCGGCCGUGGUCGCCCACUCCGCCUGGGCUCCCGCGUGGUGGCACCUGGCCUGCCUGGGGCUCCUCUGCGCCCUCGUCGCCGGGGUGCUCCUCGUGCGCUCCAAGGGCAAGGCGUCCACGAGGUCUGUCACCCUCGAGCAGGAGGAGGAGUCGCCGGACGCCCGCGCUGAGGCCGGGCUCGGGAACGAGACCCCGCUCAGGUGGCCCGACUGGGCGCGGCCGCCGUACCAGGGCACCGCCGACGCGCCCUACCGCAGCCUGGGCCGCGCCGCCCCGGCGGAGCUCGCCGAGCCAAGCGGGGCGCCGCCGCCCGCCUGCGGGCUCGGCGCCCGAGCCGCGGGCGGCCCGCCGCCGCCGCGCCGCCUCGCGGAGCCCGCGGCGGCGCCGCCGCCGCCCCUCCGCCUCGCGGAGCCCGUGGCGGCGCCGCCGAGGCGCCCGCCGCGCUCCGUGGAGCCCGCCGCCGCGCGCGCGGCGGGGGCGCUCUGCGCCCGGGCGGCCAGUGGCGCCUUCGGCGGGGCGGGCGCGUGGCGCUGCUUCCAGGCCCGGGGGGAGACGUGA